GGAAUAACCAUUAACUUGACCAUAACGAUAAACAAAAAUAAAAACAAAAAAAUAAAAAUUUUAUAACCAAAUUAAUUAGGUGCAAAAGAAAACGUGAAUUGGAGGAGAAAAAUUUCAGCAUCCCAAAAUCCCAACCCAGAACUCUCUUUCAAUCAAUACCGACGCUAUGUGUUGUGGCCAAUAUCCGUUGUUUCCAAAAGACGCCGGCAACGAUCACUCACCGUCGGUGCUCGACAACCUCCGCGUCCGCCUCGCCGACACCGAAGCUCGCCUCGCUCGCGCCAGAGCUCGUGAAGCCCAGCUCACGCGCCGUCUUCAUGAGAUGAAGCGCUUCCUAUCUGUUAUGGAAAUUCUUGAAGGUUAUCUCAAACGCCGUUACCGUCUUCAACAACAACGUCUCGCUCGCCUCCUUUCUCUCCCACCUGCCCUGUAACCGUCACCGGGAACCCUGUCUAUAUGCUGUUGUUACAAAAUUGUGGAUGUUUGUUGUAAAAUUCGCGCUGCUUUAAUCUUUAAUUUUAGCGGAUUUGUGGAUUUCGUUUAGAAUCUUCGUUGUUAGGGUUUAUUGUUUAGGGGAAUUGUUGUUGUUUUUAUAGAUUUUGUGAAUUUGAUUGAUGAUAUAAGAUUGGAAAUUGUUACUUUGUUGUUUGUAGAUUGAAUUGAAGCUGUGCUAUUUUCUCA